AUGCGAGUGCGCAUUUUGUCCGCAGGAACACAGAACGCGAAGCUUCUGGAGGAAGAGCGGCUGAACGAGGAGCGGGAGCGAUCGUCCAGCGACGUGGCGUCUCCGUCUAGCGACGCGGCCUCCCCGCGCUCGCCCGACGCCUCCGUCCCCUCCACGCACACGCCCGACCCGCCCUCUACGCCCGCCUCCGCGACCACCGACACCCCCACCGUGGAGCUGGCCUCCACGCCCGCAGCCCCGACCAACACGCCCGCGACGGAGCCGCAGCUCACCCCGGCCUCCGCCGCCAGCGACCAGCCCUUGGUGGAGCCGGCCUCCGCGCCCGCCACGCCCACCAGCGCCCAGCCCACGCCGCUGGCCCUGGACGCGUCCACGCGCGUGCAGCCAGGGACCCCGGGCGAAGCGGAGGACGCCUACAACACGCCCGCCGCCCAGUCGGACCACGACCACGCCCCCGACCCUGCCGGCGGCGUGGACGCUCCACCAGCGGACGCCCCCGCUCCCGAAGACGGCAUUCGGGACACGCCCACUUCUACCACGGAACACGCCCAAGGCCUCGGGAAGAAGCCACACAGCAAGCUCUUGCUUGAAGCCAUUUCCAAUGCUGAUUCCGACGAAAAACCAAUUAUAAGCGAAACUGAUAAAAAAUCGGAAAAAGGGGAAUCUGAUUCAAAUUCAAAAGAAUCUUCUGCUUCUGAACAGGGAAAAGAUAUCAAUGACGAAUCUUCGACCUCUAAAAAGGAGUCUGGUGACGUCAAAGGAACGUCCAGUGAAGAUCGCGGACGCAACACCGGAGAAUCGUCAAGUGACCCGGAAAGUUCCGAAUCGGGAGAAAUGCAGUUCAUGAAUCCUACUGGUACCGACGAAAAGGCUUCGGAGAAGGAUAAAAGCAUUCCACUCAUAUCUGAGGAAAAGAACGAACAUAGUCUUCCUACGUCCAGUGAUAAAAAAUCUGCAACAGCCGACAGUGGUGUAAAGGAUUCCGAGCAAUCGCAGAAUCCUUGUGAAAACUCUAUUGACCAAACCGUACCUCCGGAAAGUGGAGCCGUUCCAGGUCUUCUCACGCCAAUUGAUGACAAUCGAAGAUUUCAAACUACACCUAGCUCUUCUCGCUUCCCGAACAAGUCUCAUAAAAGGUCUUCCUUCAGCGAGGCCAAAGAAAUUUACUGCCGCCCUCCGACGCGUUUUGAAACCAUGAACUACCUGUUGCGACUCUCCGCCGUGCAAUGUUUGCAACGAGCAUAUGGAGCGGCGAAAACUAACAAAGUAACUGGCUGCGCUGUGUCUUGUAUGGAGCUGGGAAUGUACGUUGCUAUUAUGCCAGCUGUCCUCUUUGCAAGAGUUUGCGAUGCGCCUCUCCUGUGCGCUGAUAAAGUAAUAAGCAAGAGCGUGGGCAGCGUUGCGAGAGUUCUUUCCUGUGUCCCAAAUAAGGAUUCCUGUGGUAUACCAGGCUGCAGUUAUAAAGAUCCAGUCGUCUGCGCAGUGGUCGACACGCAGAGGAAAAAUUGAUUUUCAAUUGAAACAUUGUUGGAUAUUUGUUUGCAAUCUUAAAUAAGUUUAGGUGCCUAAUAUAUUUUUAAGUCUGCUCAUGAUUUUUACAUUGCAUUUAAUGCGGAAAUUCGUACCAUAGCACAACACGUUUAAUUGUAAAUUGGUGAUGUUCAAUGGAAUUUUAACUUAUAAGUUGUAUUAAAACGCUCUGCAUUUAUCUAAUUCAA